CUUGGAUCGCCACAGACAAAGACUUCUUGGCCUUCCAUCUGGUGCAGGGAACGCUUAGUAAACUGCUAGUGGAAUGCUUUCUUGCGUACGGUGGAGGAGGUGACGAGGACGCUCCUGCUGAAACUACUGACAGCGAUGGGAACCAUGAAGAUGAAUCACGCGAUAGCGCCAUUGACGGCGUUGCAGCUACUCCUUUCGAGAUUUUAGCACCAUCUGCGUUUCUGCAAUUGCUCGAGCCGGAUGCAAAUGUCAAAAAGAGAGGAGAUCUUUGGGAACCCGUACAGCUCAAGCCAAAAGCAAGAGGCUCAUCUCAACAGAGAAACAACACGCAACGACAGCUGGAAUUUCUGUACCAAGACGAC